ACACUCGCCGCUGUAGUUCGCCAACCUCGCGGGGGUUCCGGCGCCAAUUUUACCCGUGUGUCGGAGAGCCAAGCGGCGGGUGUGCGGGGAACAACCACGUGUUUGCUUGGGUUUGUGUGCGUGCUACAUCGCCCACGCAGAAGCGACGGUGAUCACCGAAGUGUGGCGGCAAGAGUCAGUGCACGCUCGGAUGCGCGGAGCUGUCGGCGAGUCUUUCUUUGUUGUUGUUUUCGCUUGAGUCGGGACCUUCUAGCGACUGACAUCGGCCCGGCGUGGCCGUGCAACGGUGCGUGCUUGUGAGCGAGUGCUCCUCGAGAGAGAGAGAGCCGGGUUGCAUCACGGGGCUGCCUCCUGUCGGGGAGGAAGAAGACGCCGCGAUGACCUCGGGUGUUCCGGCGCCACCCGUUCCUCCUUCUCCUCCUCGUCGGCUCGGCUGAUAUAUGCAGCUGGCAGCAGGCGCCAUGGUGUGUGCCCCGACGUCACUGGCGAUGCUGCUGCUGCUCGUGGCCGGGGUGCCCGUGCGGCCGGUCGCGGCGCGCAAGGGCCACCAGCACCAACAGCAACAGCACCACCGGCCCGACCCGCUGCUGGUGCACACGGCCAAGGGCCCCGUCCGCGGACUGGCCACCGAGGCGCCCACGGGCAAGCCGGUCGACGUGUUCUACGGCAUACCGUACGCCAAGCCGCCCGUGGGCCGCUACCGGUUCCGGCACCCAAAGCCCAACGACCCGUGGAAGGGCGUCCUGGACGCCACCGUCAAGCCCAAGUCGUGCUUCCAGACGGUGGACACCUUCUUCGGCGACUUUCGCGGCAGCCUCAUGUGGAACGCCAACACCAACAUGAGCGAGGACUGCCUGACGCUGAACGUGUGGGUGCCCCGGCCCCGGCCCAACGCCAGCCACCCGGCCGCCGUGCUGGUGUGGAUCUACGGGGGCGGCUUCUACAGCGGCACCUCGACGCUGGACGUGUACGACGGUCGCACGCUGGUGGCCGAGGAGCGCGUGGUGCUCGUGUCCAUGAACUACCGCGUCGCCUCGCUGGGCUUCCUCUGCCUCGACCACCCGGAGGUGCCGGGCAACGCGGGCCUCUUCGACCAGCUCAUGGCGCUGCAGUGGGUGCAGGAGAACAUCGCCGCGUUCGGCGGCAACCCGCGCAACGUCACCCUGUUCGGCGAGAGCGCCGGCGCCGUCAGCGCCAGCAUGCACCUGCUCUCGCCGCUCUCCAGGGACCUCUUCUCGCAGGCGAUCCUCCAAAGUGGCACGGCCAUCGCCCCGUGGGGGGUUCACGACCGCCGCACAGCGCUGCAGUCGGCUCUCCGGCUGGCCGAGACGCUGCACUGCCCGCACGACGAGCGCCACCUGGAAGCCAUGCUGGCGUGCCUGCGCGAGCAGGACCCCGAGAUGAUCGUGAACAGCGAGACGGGCAACUUCGGCGUGGUCGAGUUCCCUUUCGUGCCCAUCGUGGACGGCGCCUUCCUCGACGAGUCCCCGCAGGAGUCGCUGGUGGCGCGCAACUUCAAGAAGACCAACCUGCUCCUGGGCUCGAACCGCGACGAGGGCACCUACUUCCUCAUCUACUACCUGACCGAGCUGUUCCGACGCGACGAGUCGGUCUACCUGGGCCGCGAGGACUUUGUGCGCGCCGUGCGAGAGCUGAACCCGCUGGUGGGAGAGCUCGCGCAGCAGGCGAUUGUGUUUCAGUACACGGACUGGCUGAACCCGGAGGACCCAAUCAAGAACCGGGACGCCGUGGACAAGAUAGUAGGCGACUACCACUUCACGUGCUCGGUGGUGGAGUGGGCGCACCAGUAUGCGCUCGCGGGCUCGCAGGUGUACGCCUACUACUUCACGCACCGGUCGUCGGUGAGCGCCUGGCCGCAGUGGAUGGGCGUCAUACACGGCGAGGAGAUCGCCUUCCUGUUCGGCGAGCCGCUCAACAAGUCGCUCGGCUACCGGCCGGACGAGCAAGCGCUCAGCCGACGCAUGAUGCGCUACUGGGCCAACUUCGCAAAGACAGGGAACCCGAGCCUGUCCGAGGAGGGCCACUGGGAGCGCAUCUACUGGCCCGUGCACACGGCGCACGGCAAGGAGUACCUGACGCUGGCCGUCAACUCCAGCCUGGUGGGAUACGGCCACCGGGCAAAGUAUUGUGCCUUCUGGCAACAGUUUCUACCUCGCCUCGUCAACCUCUCCGAGAACCAGCCCAACAUGUCGGCCACCUGCACGGCCGGCGCCUCCCCAGCGCGGGGCCCCGUCUCCGGCUGGGCGCUGCUGCUGCUGCUGCUGACACUGCCCACGACGCUGCACCAGCUCCCGCCGCUGCUGCUGUCCCUGCUGCCCCUGCCGUUGGCGGCGGCAGACGCGAGCCUGGCGGUGGCGGCGGCGGCGACGUCGACCCUGUUCCCUCGCCGUAGGAUAUGGUGCUAACUGUAUACUCGCGGGGAGGGCGUGACGCCCCCACGGACAUCAUCUGCUCGCCGCCGCGCGUGGUGCCACGGCGGACAAAACAAAUCCCGGGGUGUCGUCGGUGUCGCGGUCCUUCCGGGACACGUCGGCGCCGCUUUGGAGGCGCGCCCACCGACACGAUGUGGGAAAGAAGAAGCGAAGUGCAGAGGUGGUGUUCUGUACCGUGUGGCGGUGCCCGAGCGUCUCCCGGCAAUGCGUGGACCUUUCCUUCUCCUUCUCCUUCUUCUUCCUUCUAUCUUACUUUUUUUGUUUGUUUGUUUUCCUUUCCGGCAGAACGUCACUUUGCGAGAUCCUUGCGCGGGUUGGCCGCAGGUAACCUCGCUGCGGCCCAGCCAGCGUUCACUUCGUUGCCCUUGACGGCCAGCACGGCGCACGACGGAGCCACGUACACGCAGAGGAGUCGACUGACCGUCAGAUGGGUCGCAGUCGGCUUCGCUUUGGACUAGCUUUAAAUGCGUGUGGCUUACGCCGCUGAACGUUCUGUACCCUACGUGCUUGUUCUUUUUUUUUCUAAUUAUGGUUACCUGAGCCGCAAAGUAUAUUCACAAAUCGUGGCUGAGGAACGCCUUGACAGACGCGGACAAGAUACUUUUCCUUUUCACCGUGGGUUCGCGUAAACCUAUAUCGGUCUGUCGACAGAUCGUUCGUCUAGUCUCCCGAAAACUAUUGGAGUCAGACUCCCCGUCGCCUCACCGCGAACAACAUGCUUAGCUAAGUUCCGAGAAGCUUCCGUUCAGGCUGCAUCGCGUAUUGAGCCUCGUCGUUUGUUUGUUUAUGUCAAACGUGUUCCUGGAUUCUCGUUGCUUUUACGGUAAGCUUUGUAACGACAUGCAACCAAGAACGCACUUUUUAGGCUCCGCCAACUUUAGUAUACGUAUACAUUAAGAAUGUAGAUUAGGCGAUUCUACACCGACGUACUGGUCUAACCCAAAAAUCAAAACUGACCCAAGCGCUGUCGCCGUGCUGGGUCUGUCGAGGCAUGCUUCAGCUGUAGUUACCUGAAAAGUGGUCCUGCCGGAACCAAGAAUCAGUGACUAACUGGACCUGUAGUAUAGGUGUUGUUGCCGCUUCAGCAAGUACCACCGCAUUGGAUUUACGAAGACAAACUGCGUCAAAGUUUGCUGUUCUUGGCGAGUAUGCCUCCAACUUGCGGCUAUACUGGCAGCGAGGAGCUCUCCCAAGUUGAUGCAACGCCCCCGGUAUCUACGCAUGGCCGAUGGCAUUUAGUUUACCGAGGUUUUCUGUUGACAUUGUUAUUUGCUAACGGCUAGCCGCACGUGCGUCACGCCCACCUGCAAGAGCAGGCGCUACAAUGUGGCGCUCGCAGCUUGCGGAGACUUCUGGUCACGUUCCGACCGCCCCUGCAUUUGUGGAAACCCCACCCUCGCCCGCAUCUUACCGUGACCAUCAGUCCAUGGUUUUUUAAACAGCCACGCCGCAUGUUUACCGACUGCUCUCAUUCUGUGGUGUCCGGCGGUGCUAGUGUGUGCACCGUAAAAUUCCGCCACAGUGUUGAAGUCUGCGAUGGCCGUGCAUUGAGCCAAUCAGAGAGGGUGUAGCAGCCCUCUAGGCCAACCGGAGCAGACACAAUUGCGAAUUCAACAAUAUGGCCAAAUUUAAAAAAAGAAUAUUGGGUUUUGCGUGCCAAAACAACGAUCUGAAUAUGAGGCACGCCGUAGAUUUCCGACCACGGAAAUUUGGACCACCCUAGGUUCUUUAACGUGCACCUAAACCUAAGUACACGGGUGUUUUCGCCCCCAUGGAAAUGCGGCCGCCGUGGCCGGGAUUCGAUCCCGCGACCUCGUGCUUAGCAGCCCGACACCAUAGCCACUAAACAACCACGGCAGGUAUGGCGGAAUUACCGUACCAUACUGAAGAGAUUUGCGAAACACCCGACAUGGGAAGGAACGUCGGUGACCAAACAAGCAGGGCGGUUUGCUAACGGUGAUAACGGGGUGGAAGCGAGAGAAGUUUCCACAACAGCCGUCUCUCACGCUUGGCUGUUCGCGAAGCACUUGGCGAGAGAACUUCUUGUCGAUUUCAGCAAGCAGCGCUCAGCUUGCUUCUUUAGGGUGGUGUUCGUGUGCUGUUGUUUACACUGAGAAUGUGACGUACGUGCGCCCUCAAGUUUCUCUCUCUCUCUCUCUCCCUCUCUCUCUCUCUCUCUCUCUCGUUGGUUUCCGUUUCGUGUUCUCCAAGGUCUGACGCGUCCGCCGGCGUCCCCGCGGUGUCUAUGCAUGCUCCCAAGCUCGCCGUAAAACUCGCUCGGUGGCCUGCGUUGUGCGCUCACCGCGAGUUGUUCAAACUUCUUCCACUGUUCGCCGGACGGGUUCUCUCCUAUGCCAUUCACCCAAGAAGUGAGGCGGGAAACGAAGCCGCUGAAAUGGAGGCGGCAGGGAGAGGCGAGCCUUUAAGCUGGGACCUGGGCACGCGUUCGCUUCGAUGUACCCCAAGUGUUAUGGCCUCGCGCUAUACCGUUGGUUUCGUUGUAAACUAAUCCCUUGGCAACUGGCACGCGUACAGGUGGAAGAGUAACGUUGCCCGGUCUAUAGUGUCUCGACAUUUGAAAGUCAUUGCAAAUCAUUACGGGCGUAGCCCGUCGCCAGCGAAGCCUCUAGUCCCGUCUUGUGCACCGUGGCACCGGAAACACCGAAGGCAUGAAGCCGAAACGACAUCUGAGCUCUUUUGUCACGCGUACACUCAGGUAUUCCACGUUUGCGCGGUAGCGUUUGAAAGGUGUUUACUGAUUUAUUUAUGUAACCUAAAGGCUCAUUCGGGCAUUACAUAUGGGAAGAAUCAGUUACAGUAAUAAAGGUGAAACAGAAAACAGCAUUAGUAAGAUGCAGUGACAUAAUUAUAUACUGCAAGAAAAUAGAUACGCACCAUGCACUGAACGUAGAAAUAAUUACAAAUUUAGGAAAAGUCAACUAGUUAAUAAAAACAUCAUGAUCAAUGACUGAUACAAUGCCCUUAGGUAGCUUAUUCCAGUGGUAUAUCGUCAAAAGUAGUGGUGAAAAACGAUACAGAUUAGUGCGUGCAAAAGAAAAAAAAAUAUGGGGUGGUGGUGUAUAUUAAAUGGGUGAUUUAAAUGCUGAAAAAGACAAUGAAAAUUUGUAACCAUGAAAACUGGAAUGUCCUGAAAAAUGGAAUGCCGCUGUACAACGGCGUCGGCUCUUGCAGUUUCCUCAAAUUCAUCGACAACUGCGCUGCUCCCGUUUCUCCCGAGGUGACCGGCCCACUGAUAUUUCACAGCACAUCGCCUUCAAAAAAAAUGCCAUCUAAACACGUUCGCCACGUCCUCGCCUCGGCUCGUCAGUGGACGCCUUCUGGACUGUCCGGUCGAAACACGCCUCUCUUGUGCACUGAGCUUACUAGAAGUUAUAUAACAAUACGUCUCGCGGGAGCCACCGCUGAAGGAAUCCUUUGUUGCUUAUAGUUUCCUUUUUUUUCAUACAUUUCCUCGGACGAGCCCCCUCGUUACUCCCGGUUCCCCUAUAGUCUUCAACUUCAGUUCAGUUGCUGCCAUGAAAUCCAGCAAAAAGUAAGGGAAAAUGCGAAUAGUUGAUCUCUCCUGCUCCCUGAGGUCUUCGCUCCUCAACAGCGCUCAAAACAGGAGCCAGAUAAAGUUCGCAGUCAACAAAAGCGGAAAAAGCCCGUGUCGUCAACAGAUGUGCCUCCCGAUCACGUGGGCUGGGAAGCCAACACGGCGCGCGAUUGCGGGAAUGAACCGCAGUGCGGCAUUUCUGGCACGAAAACUAUAAAAAACACACACACACAAGGACACUCAGGAACUCCCCGGAUCUCUAGUGGUCUUGCAGCCUAGGUUUAUACGUAGCGCACUCCAUAAAGAUUUCCUCGGCCCGAAAGAUAUUCGUUUGGCCGUACCUCCCUGUGGUAUACUUUUUCGGUAAAUACUUGAUCUGUCCGUUUCCUGCUUACGUUAAAGCAAAAAUAUUUUAAAAAAGAAAAGAAUGAAAAGGUCGAGUCGUUGUCACCGUCUGGAUCGUUCUUUGUUCUAAGUGAACGGUGGAAGGAGGCACUUCGUUUUCCACUUCUCUGCGCGACACGCAGAAACACCAACGCCGUCAACAAGUGCCAUCCCACUCGCUCUCAUCGCAGUCAGCGCUUGGACAAUUACAUCUCUUCGCACUCGUAUUUCUAUGUUUCGCGAACUUCCACUCAAAGCAGGCGUCCGCUGUUUCCUCGUUCAAGGCCUUAGUUGGACAGCUUUCGCAACCGGCCUCUUGGGAAUCUAUGGAAGUUUCGCACUGAACAGAAAGUGUACGAGUGCCUUCUCGGUGUUUUAUUUCUCUCUCUUCCUUGCAUGCGAACCCAUUAGUCGACUGUCCCAGAAGCAAGCGCGCAAGUAGCUUUGAAGGUUCUUAUCACCAGCGUUCUGACUGCUUUUAAGUUCCCAGAUGAGAGGCAAAGCAAAUAUAAAGGACGCGAACAGAUACGGACGGGAUGGUGAACAAUGUACAAAAAAAAGGUAUAAGAGAUGCCAAAGCAUACGACGAAAGAAAUAUGCGGAUUUCGUGGAUAUAGAAAGGCGCGAAAAACAACGCACAGAGAAGAGGACAGUGCAAGCUAAAGUAUUAGACUUCGGGCUGAACCCACGUGCAACUCUUAAGUACUACGCUAAGGGCUCGAGAUUUGUUCAAACAGGUACUAGGAGUAAGCUUCGGUCGGCAGUUGAUGCUUUCACGUCGCGCUGGGAGAUUCGUUAAGAAACCUGCGACAGCGUUGGUCGCAUAUCUGUUGGAAGUUGGUUCUUAUACUCCAGGAUGAAAAAGCAGUCGCUGAGGCCACAAUCAGCGCCACGGUGAUCCGCUGUUACCGUUCGACCUCUCUUCGCCGUCAAAGGCGUGAAACUUGGCUCUUCCGCCUUUCACUUCGAAACAAAGAAAAUCAAGAAUGAAAAAAACAAAACAAGUUACAGUAGGAACGAAGUGGCCAAUUAUUCGUUCCAGCGUGCAUUCGCAAGUUCUGGAAGACGUAACGAGGUGCCGGGUGAAAACUUUUUUUUUUUCUUCAUUUAUAAGUGUGGAAGACUUCGCGAGAGCAGACACCUGCCGACAGCCCGAACAGAUUCGCCGAGCACGCCUAAUUUACAAGAGAGCGACGAGAGAAAGACGGAACACAAUUUUUCAUCGUCUGCAAACAGUCCGAGCUCGAGAAAAAAAAAUCUCAUUUGGACGUGCAACGAAGCGAAGGAUACCCGCAGGCGGAGGAUAAAUGGCUGCACUGUCAUGCUUGCGACCGCGCUAUUCCUUCUUUCUCGAGAAAAGGGCAACGUGCACCUUUCUUUUGAUAUUCCUAAGCGAUUCCUGACGUUCAUUCUUUACGCACUUUCUGGUUCCCAUCGUCGACAUUGUUCAUAUUAAAGUUUGUCAAGGAAGCUCCUCAAAUGCCUUGGCUGGAACACAGAAGGAGCCUUCUCGGUGUUUUAUUUCUCUCUCUUCCUUGCAUGCGAACCCAUUAGUCGACUGUCCCAGAAAAGUUCCACGCGAUUUUUUACCCACUCUGACUGAGAAAGAGACCGCCGUUGCCAAGGGAGGAUGAAUUUUCCGCGGCGGUUCUUCAACAGGCGGCAUGGCGUAAUAAAUUUAACGUGAUGCUGCAGUGCUGAACGAAUGAGAUGGAAUUCAGAAAGAGGGGAAAGCAACAAAGGCAUUUCUUUUAAUUAACCACGGUUCAAGGAAGCUACAGCGUACGAACGUUUUCUCUAAUUGUGGUGCGCUAAAACCCGCUAUCACCUCGAUAUCACUCGUUUUUAGGCCUAGUCGGUUCGCAGUUCUUCGUCACCGUAGCUUGAAACAGACAGACAGAAGAGCGGCGACAGGAAGUUGGCAACGUUGUACGUUGACUACGUCGACCGCAAGCUCUUACGUAGAAGUGUCAGCGCUUACUGUAGCUACGCAUUUAUCAUCAAACAAUCGGCACCGUAGAGUGAGAGAAGCAGUUAGAAACUUCCUUUAGGGUAUUUUGCCUAGGCCUUAACUGACUGCCGAUUUCUAUUGGACGGGUCUUACGAGCCUGAAGGAGCUUACCGGUGACGCGAAGACAUAUGCAAGGCAACGCGCGCUCAAGGUCCCCGCUUAUCUGCGCAGCCACUCACACUGCUCGCAGAAAGGUUCCACCAAACGCAUUUCUACACGAUUCCAAAAUCUCCCGCGUAUGCAUAUACGUACACAUACCAAGUAGACCGUAGGCCUCGACGCGACUCCUCUUCGGCCCCGCCUAAAGCGCUGCCAGUGCAGGAAGGGUGAUUCCCCCUUCCUGCGGCAGCCAGGGGUUUUCCACGUACCGUACUUACCGAGUCGAGCCCCCCCAAGUGACCGCGCCGCCGCAUAUCCUCCCUGUCUCUCUCGUCGUGGGAACGUUAUUACCUGCCAGCCUUACCAGGAGGAGGAGGCACCUUAUAUAAAGCCGGGCAGUUGUCGGUAGGACUAUACCUUCAUAUCUCGUACAGGGCAACGUGUUUGUUCCCCGCAGUGACACUGGCCUCCAAGCCCUGUCAGUCUUCUCCCUCUCUUCUCUCUCCCUCUCUCUCUCUCUGGCGUCCGAGCGCGAAGCUCUUUUCGUCUUCGCGUUCCUGCCUCGUGUGCGCAUGCGCGGUGUGCUUGUGUAGGAAGCCUAGUGUGUGCAUGUAUUGGCGUAGAAAGAAAUGCGGCCAAGUCGAGGCCCGCUUCUUUUGUAGUUAUGUUUCUGGCCACUGUCUGGGGGUUCGAUGCUCCGCUUAUGCGAUCUCUCCCCCUCGACUUCACGCGAGUCGGACAAAGUCCUUAUGCGAAGUUCUCGCGGUUCCCGCUAGGGGGAAGUGCUGUUGAGUAGCGCGCGGUGAAAAGGCGAGAGAAAGAAAUGAAUAUGCACGCACAUGUGCUGCGUGUCGUGUCAGCGUUGUUUCUCUCCGGGCGUGUAAUGGUUUUUUUUUAAUGCAGUCGCCGACACAGCGGUUACGCGGCCAUUCUCGAAUCGUUCGUUUGGCUACUCGCAGAAGAAGCGUCGGUGCACCAUGUGUAGGUAGUUUGUCGGUCAUAGUGUUACACGCUGGGAAAGUGUGUCGCAUACCUUAAUUGUGGAGGCUCACAAAAGUUUGUGAGAUGCUCCCUGGUGAUCUCAGAUGUCAUUCUCAUUACGUGGUAGCGCGCCAAGCAGCUGUAAAGAUUUUGUUUUCAUGAUUUUUUGUUUCCUUCUUAGUCUCAAACCUUGACAAAGCAUGUGCUUCUAUAAAGAAUGGUCCCCACGCUGUUGACCGAGGCAAAUUUUCAAUUGGUGCGAAGGUGAAAGCGCUAAAUUGGGCAUCACCCUUCGUUAACUCCACAGCUAAAAAAAGGAAUUGCUGUUUUUUUUCUAUAUAUAUACAUAAAAGAAUCGCAACAGGAGCCCACACUUCAUGAAGCUCUGGAUCCGAUGACUUCUUUCUACGGUGACGCGAAUUUCGCUAUUACUUGACGGAUAUUGUUCUUUAUUUUAGUCAACAAGCCUUCUGUGUGUUCUUUUUAAUAUAUGGAGUUUUUCUUUGCCGAACGCUUAGCUGACGUCACAGUGACGUCAGUUAAGUCGAUGAAUGCCAAGUGACAUCACAAAAAAUCGCUUAGAAAGUCAACGUAGCGUUCCAAGAUUCGAACAGAGCGUCAUGAACAUUUUGCUUUAAUCUCCAUUCAACAAAGUUUACUUGCAUUAUGAGUUUUCUUAUUAACUUUAUGAUACGAAGAGAAACAUGCCGGUGCGCCAUUAAACACGACAUAUCAAUCAAUCAAACAUGCUGUCGAGGCCCGAAGCCGCUCAUUUAUCGAGUCAAUCCGGGAAUUUCACAAAGGGUGAGCUUAUCAGGCUUACAAGGAACGUGCAGCGCCUGCCUGAGGCUGCCAUAAGUUGAUAUUGUAGAUACGUGGAAUGCGAACAGGUCAAUUCAAACAUCAAAACGCCUAAGUACUGAACUUAUUCAGUGAAUUUCAUAUAUAAGCGCGCUAUCGGUGUUUCUCUGCACAGAACUGUGUGGCACAUGACGUGAGCGAAAUUUCUCAUCAGGCACAAGGUUUUCCAUUUUGAUGCUUUGCUUUUUUUUUCAGUUUUGGCAUCAUGCGUCCCUAAUUGUACGUGAGAAGUGUUGUUAGUAAUACACUUUCCAUUAUCGGAGUUACGUGGGGAGGCAACAAAAAACAGAAAGAACAAACUCCGGGGCAUUCCCGGAGGAAGGAGAGAAAGUCCAAUGAAAGGAACGCUAAGGUAGCUUUGCUGUUGUACACUAUACACGUUGUCGCAUCCGUAUAAUUUUUUUUUGCUUACUUAUGGGUGGAGGGGGAAGGGGGCAAGCACACGGUGCAUUUCGAGGGACAUAUCUUACUCGUUGUACAUAGAAGUAUAUAUAUAUAUAUAUAUAAAUAUAUAUUAUAUAUAAAUAUAAAUACUAUAUGAAAGUAUAAAUAAACACGUACGAGCUAUUAUAGCAACGCUACUAUUUACGCACACUUGUGGAUCUAUAUAGUUGCUCCGAGACAAUCGCAUUAACUCUGUACCAAGCGUCGCCCUUUCUUUCAAAGGGUUCAGGGUUCUCCUCCCAAACCAAACAGGUUCCCAGUCGUCACACAGGCGGCUAAACUUGAGGCUCUCAUAAAAAAAAAAUAGAAAGGCAGCAGCACGACUAAACCGCGGCCGCACCCACUCUGGCUUCACAGCCGACCAAAAACCCACUGCCGGCUCGACUGAGAUAUGACUUGCCGCUGAAACCUGCGACGUCCAGAGGCCCUUCGUCAAAGUUUAAGAAGCAAAGUCUCGCCGCUGCUUUAUUAUUACAUUCUUUUCUGCCACAGCGAUAGCAUUUCUCCACUGAUAGUUAGUUUUGUGUUUGCGAAGCUUACUUGAAGCGGUACACCCAAGUAAGGAACGAGCAAAGCGAUCUUUGAUCUUCGAGUAUGUCGUGGACACGUGCGAACAGCGCCAGCAGAAUCCUGAUCGUACCGGCGUGCGCACUCCUAUCUAGACAGCGCUCAAAAGCUAAGCGCAGCAAGACUGUCGUAUCGUGUACGACUCGUUUGCAGUGAUAGGGAUAACGGCAUUAGCUUAAUGAGCACCCCAAAGCUGGUUAGAGACAAAGAUCCUUAGACCGUCAUCUUUCAACAUCGCUUUAAGGGGAAACGUUGCAAAAGAGAAAACUGAAAAGCAAGCAAGAGGCAGGACGUCUCUUAAGUAAACCCAAGUCGCUGUUGGCGUGGGAUAUGACGUCACACAGAAUGGCCAGGCUAACGCUCUCCCCUUGCCGUUGCCAUGUGCGCAUGCGCACCUUUCACGACUCGACGCGCCGUCUAAGUAACUUUAAUCAGCCAGAUCAGGGUGCUCGCUUGCUGUUCUGUCUGCUGCUGUCCAUGAAGCGAUCAUCGUUUUUCUUUUUCGCCCUUGGUUGCACGUAUGCCUUUUCGUGUGACAGAUCGUCGCUCAACGGUCCCCUCUGUGCUUGGAGCGCCUCGUUUUAUUUCUCGCGACGUUUGAAUGCAGUGGUUCCGCGUUCGGAAUCUUAACAACACGUGUUAACAAAAGGCAUGUACUCUGUGACCAUGACGUCACGCGCGCAGGCGAUGAGCCCCCUGAGAAACCUGCUUUCUGAAAAAAAAAAGCAUAAAACUGUCACUGAAAGAACUUGCAAAAGCAGCCUUUGCUCCUUCGCAAUAUGGUGUACGUGCCAUCGAUCGCCGCGGUUCAGGUACACAGUGACGAACUCGCACUAACAACGUGCAAAUAAUAUGCGCGUGAAGCUUCCGUUUUUAGCUCCGCACCGGUGUUGUGGCUUGUAAGAAUACGGUUUCCUUGCCUCCAAGAUUUCUGGUUCACACUUUUGCAUUUUUUCCCACUUUUCUUUAUUUCUUUUUCCGCGGUUAGAGAUAUUACACACGAGAGGCAUCGGGCGAAAAUGACGCGAACCAAAACACUGAGCGCCACAUUGCUAUCGCUUAUAAUACUUUCUGUGACUAGACAUCUCGGAGGCACAUAUGAGACAGAAGGGGGUUUCAUACAAGCAGCUUCACGGACCAGUGCAGACGUUAAGCAUAACUUAACAUCGCAAAUUAAAGACGAUCGCUUAAGCAUCACCCACCUCUCCCUUUUUGAUGGGCUCCCUGCCUUCGCAUGUGACGUCAUUGCUCAGUUCGGGCACGCCUCGCGCUAUCUAGCAUGUGUUGACCUGAGGUGUCACGAACAUGUUGCCGAGCGCUAACAAUAUAGCGGCACAUAGCAUACACUAAUGCCACAACGUGUUCCAUCACAAAUGCUUGCAAAAUGUUGUUUUGCACUUUGUCGUCGUGCGUCGCUGCGCGUUAAAGAUUCGCCUCGGCGAACGGAAGGUGCAUUUUUUUCAGCGAUCCCGUCAGUGGCCUCGUAGUCUGCGUGUGUAGGCGCCAUGUGACUUAUUGCACAGAGGCACCAUACCAUGACAAUGUCACUCGCCUAACUCGACUCUCGCGGCACUUGGCGCCGACAUCUGUCGUGUCGAGUUGUGUCGCAUCGCGUCACAUCGCGUCACGUCGCGUCAAGUCGCGUCGUACAGGCGACGCGAGGCUGUUUGGCAAGCGCCUCCUCUCGUCGGUGUACCAACGAGCUCGCAGUGUUGACUGUGCGUCGGCUUUCUUACUCCGUUGAGUGCGUACAGUGACGCGUCACUUUGGUCGCGUUGAAAAGAAAGCGGCGAUUUGAGCAGAGCUGGCGCUGGAUUGAGGAAUCAAACGGUACGCGUUCAUACCUGACCUUCUCCUGCUAUCUACACGGUGAGCGUGUUCGAAAAGAACGGCUUAAAGCAAAAAAAAAAAGCGAAGACAAUCGUUGAAUUCACUCUCUCUAUCUUUUGUACACACCGAUUCAUCAGCGUGCUCUUUUACGGCCGUCUCCGUCGUCGCUGUGCGAGAUGAGUGGAGCGAGCGGUGGACGGCAGGCGCGCCCUUCUUGCCUUUUAUUACUCUUUCGAAGCGUAUACGGAUCUUUAUUUUCUUCGCUCUUUUUCUCUUCGCGAUGUUCGUGAAAGCUUUUACUCGACCAUAUGCAGUUUACACGGCCACGUAGGAAGACGCGGCACCGGUGUUGCAAGGUAUACGACACGGCCGGAGCCCCCCCUCCACUCACACACACACACGACGAGUCCACAAGUGUAUAUGUAUAUAUAUAUACUGCGCCCACACUUCCAGACCGCAUAGUUCCUGAAACGAAGUAAACCUUUGUAAAUUAAAGCGCCCUACCGCCCGACACCCUUUCCCCGUCGAUCUGCCUACUUGGCCUGAGGGUAGCAAGCACUUGAAAUGCGGUAUCGGGUGUGUAAGUGGUUCAAACUCGCAAACUCGCGCCGCGGGGACGAGGGGCGCAGUGCUUCACACGUUUAAGGUAGAACAACGUCUCGAAACUAUAGCCCUGCCCAAGGAAAACGCACAUUUUCAAAGCGGUGCCGGAACUAAGAACGAUAAUGGGCGGGUGGGACGCUUCUAAAUGUGGCGGUAUGACCAAGUGACGUCGAUGGCGAUGGCCAUCGGGUCCAGGUGAGUCCGCCGCCUGCAGAAAUUGUCAGUUGGCGUUCGAAAACGUUUCGCGAAGGGCGCGUGCUGACCUCACGUGACGGUCUCUUUUGCGAGGACUCGGCAACGCUUUUGCCAUCGUCCCGUCGUUUUUGCCGGUUGUGAAAGCCUUUGUAAAACGCGUCCCUCGUCACCGUAGUGCGCGUUAGCACAGCGCACCCUUACUGAAACGGCAGCUCUUCGUCUUCGAUAUUAAAGUGUGUAAAAGAGAGCGUUCGCGGCGCAGCAAUCAGCGAUGCACGUAGAACAUUACAAGGCCACGUGACGACCCAGUGGCACGCACCUAUUAGCGAGUCGCACAUGUAUGUAUCUAUACCCCUGGCCGCCGGGUCACCUCGAGAAAAAAACAAGUUAUUACUGGUUGUCGCCCCCGUCGAAAAGCCGUGUUAGAAUCCUCCGUCUGAGCAGUAAAGCCGUCGCGUUUGCUUCGGAGAGGAUUGCUGCUAAUAUAGCCUACUGUAGACUAAGGUCGAUCGUGCGCACUUGUUGACUGCUAUAUGCACUGUAGCUUCUGCACACGUAGACCUCCCGGUGAGCAACGUUGCCGUAUAGGGCUAGCAACGUAUACCAAUUCUCCGUGCUGCGAUUAGUACGCCGUGCCAGGCAGUACUUCGGUCGGUGUCGUCCGGUGAGCAACCACCGUACAUAACGGUGCCCCCUUUGGGAACACGCGGUUCCUGCCUGACGAAACUGGGCUCCUGGGCUUCGCCCUGUUGGAGUCGCAGAAACAACCGCUGCCAGACGUGAGUCUAUCGCUGGAACAUGUCAGAACGCUCUCGGACAAUUAUAUGCACCUGCAGCCUUCGGAGGCGAAGGAACGGGGACGGCUGCAGCGAUCCUGAAGCUUGUAGCGAAACAACUCAACCGUGCGUACAAGCAGUCGGGACAGAGACCUCCGCAGCUACACUAGGGUUUCCGGAAGGCUGCGGCGCGAAAUAAUGCCUUGUUUUUAGAGCAUGCGACAAAACACUCGUUCUCGUUCUUCCCGCGUCUCCUUCGAGUUUCCCGUGUACUCCGUGCAUGUCGUCGCUUCCCGACAAAGACGGACCACCUGCGUGUGUGUAGUAGAUGUGUGCGUAUCUUUUGCCUGCGCGGGUGAAACUUGUUGCCGGUUUGUGCGCGUGUCUUGUAUAAACGUGAGCACCUGUGCCUGGACCUCCUUUCACGCACAUUCUUUCUUUUCCUUGUUUUUUGCGUGUGCGUUUCACAUAUCGCGUUUCUCCUUCCCCAUGACGUAGCAGAUAUGUACGUUGCAUUUAUUAGGCGCCGGUUUCACGGCGACGUUCAAACGUCUGGUGCAAACGGAUCCGCGGAAUAAGAGCGAGAACGAUGCUCUUAGAGCGCCAACAUCCCUCGUCGCAAACUACGGGAACAGAGGCACAAAGACAGGAUCGCAAGAAAGAGUUGCGUGGACAUUUUGCUCGACUUGUUUGCUUGGCGCGUUCGGCGUGUCUAACAUUGGCGGGCUUCAGUGGUGGACGCACCGCUAGUCCGUCUGAUGACGCUGGUCAAUGACACUGGUCAGUUACGCUGGUCCACGUGAGGCGUCGAUGGGUAUUUGUGUAGCGCGCAGGCCUGCCUGCCUGCCUUCCCCGCACCCUCCCGUCCCCACUUGGAUCCAUUCUCCAAAGUAAUCAAGACUGCGUGGUACAAUUGCUGUUUGGUCCAAUGUCUGAGUCCUUGAGCAAGAUGUCUGUGGAAAGCAAGCGCCGUUUGUGGUCGUCCUCGUAUGCUGACGAUGCGGUUGCAUAAUGUCUCCGACGGGAUUCCACGCUAUCUGCAUGGGCCAAGCGCCGAAAUUUUCGCUCCUCAUGUCUGCGCGCGAGUUUUUUUUUUUUUUCUGCCGGCAAAGUUGUGCACUUUAGUGUGCAACUCCUGCACAGUUCGUCGCCUGCGCCUUCUAGAAACAGUUGUUAUUCUAACCCUGUUCACUGUCGAAAAAAAGCCCUGAAACUGAGUUAUGUUUUGCGUGAGUGCAGAUGUGCUUGUCUGUGUCAAUAGUCACUCGUUUGAUGUUUGCGCCCUCGAAUACGACGAAAGGGGGCUCUUGAAGUACAGUUGAAAGGCAGACACCGAAGGAGAAAAAAAAUAUACGCUUGCCACGGGGGAUUUCUGAGCAAAGGUUGUCUGUUGUCCAAACGCUGAAACAAAGUAACAUUAGCCUGAACAUGCACAACGGGACCGGUGUUCCUCAAAAAAGUGUGUGAGUGUGCGCUUCCUGUUCCAACAAAUGUCAGCGUCCCUGAAGGCGACGUCGAGGCGAAGACUAUGUCGCCAUGGACUCUUUCCUUGAAUUACUAAUAUUUUUCAUUACCUGAUAUUUUCUUUUUUCUGCACAAUAGUCCUUCAUCGCUCUGCCCUUUCCUCGGAAAUAAAGGAAACAAGUACA